UGGAUGGCUAGCUUGAGCUACAAAACAAACUUUUUAGCUGGCUGACUUGGAAGUAACUGCAGAGGAAAGAGGACAGAGUUCCCUAUCUCCACCCGAAGCAGAGGUACACCCAGCCGCCAUCAUGUCCAGUAAACGCGCCAAGGGAAAGACAACGAAGAAGCGCCCCCAGAGGGCGACGUCCAACGUGUUCGCCAUGUUCGACCAGUCCCAGAUCCAGGAGUUCAAGGAGGCGUUCAACAUGAUCGACCAGAACCGAGAUGGCUUCGUCGACAAGGAGGACUUGCACGACAUGCUGGCCUCUCUCGGUAAGAACCCGACGGAUGAAUAUUUGGAGGGGAUGAUGAGUGAGGCCCCGGGCCCCAUCAACUUCACCAUGUUCUUGACAAUGUUCGGAGAACGACUCAACGGCACCGACCCUGAAGACGUUAUCCGCAAUGCCUUCGCCUGCUUCGACGAGGAGGGCUCUGGAGUUCUUCAUGAGGACCACCUACGGGAGCUCCUGACCACCAUGGGCGACCGCUUCACCGACGACGAGGUGGACGAGAUGUUCCGCGAAGCACCCAUUGACAAGAAGGGCAACUUCAACUAUGCAGAGUUCACCCGUAUCCUCAAGCACGGCGCGAAGGACAAGGACGACUAGCGCCCCCUCGCUGUACCUUCUUCAACCAACCCCCAUGCCUCGCCUACCACCAACAGAAAACCCUGCCUCUGCCAUGUAGCCGCCAAUGCCCCCUAGGAACCACCAUCCACCACCUGAUAGCAGCCUUCUUGACACUCCACUAGCUUGGGCUAGUCCAAAAAGUAACUUCCCUUCACCCCUGCCUCACUUUAUCAAGCCAAUAGGAACACUCCAUCCACUGCUCUUCAUUGACCUGUCUCUUCGAACGCAAUAGAAAUUUGUUUGUUUUAGAAGCAGUCAAGUUUCUGUGACGUUUGUAAUUAGACCUUUAGUUUAGUGUUGUCCAGCAGAAAAUGCAGGCGGGUAGGGCGUCUGGAAAGUAAUUUCCAUUGGAAUUGUCCCCGUUUUCCUCGGUUUAAAUGUUUGAGCCCAAAUCGGUGUUUUUAAAACAUUAUGGUUUGUGAUAGAUAUUUAAAAAAAAAAAAAAAAGGGAGAUCACUAUAUAAAAUGAAUCAUGACAAGAAUGGAAUACCCAUGGAAAAGACAGCAGGUUGUGGACUGAAUGAUGACCUUAGUGUGUAGUAUCCCACCACUUUAAAUGGAAUGUAAUUAGAGGCUUAUUACAUCAUUUAUAGUACCUUUGCUGAACCAAAAGAAAGAUCCAAAGCUGUCUCUGAGAGAAUUAAGUAGACCAGUCUGCCUCUCUGUAGGUUUUUGUAUUUUUCCCCUCUCUAAAAUCCAGUUUAUUCUUUUGUAUUAUUCAGUGGAGUAACACAAAUAAAUGGGUUUUCCUACAUAA